AGAACCCUCAAAACCCAAAUUGGGAAAGCCAAAGCAAUUUUCAACCUUCAAUUCCACUAUUUUUUUCUCCCCCUCUUCUUCAAACAAAAUGCCUAGACCCUCAACGAGUUCUUCGGGAACCUCUUGCCCUCCUACGUCAACCAGUCGUCCUAGAACUUCGCGACCAAGGACUGCUACCUCUGCAGCUGGAGGGGGAGCUCAGCAGGUUGUUUGUGCUGUUACGGAGUCUCGUGGAGUAUCGGCUACCAUCGGGUUGUGCUUUGUGAAUACUGCUACUGGUGAAUGCGUAUUGAGUGAGAUCUGUGAUACACAAACAUAUGUCAGGACAAUGCAGAAAUUGACUGUGUUUGACCCGACUGAGAUUCUUGUUUCUCCCGCUGCUGUUGCGCCUCCAAAAUCGACUCUUUUGUCUAUUAUUGAGGAUUAUGUUCCUGGUGCGACGAUCACGGAAGUUCCCAGGAGAUACUUCAAUGAACGGAGUGGUCAUGAUUAUAUCCAGCAAUUGGCUUUCCCAGAUGAGGUCACCGGCAUCAAGGUUGCCAUUUCUGGGAAGUUCUAUGCUAUAUCUGCUGCGGCGGCGGCAUUGAAACAUAUCGAGGUUUCUUACAUAAGAUUCGCCUUGCAUUCCCUGAGAAUCAAAUACCAAGGAAGUGAAGGCUCGAUGCUGAUUGAUUUCAGUACGGUCCACAGUCUUGAGCUCAUACAGAAUAUCCAGGACCCAAAGUCUACUGAGUGCCUUUUCGGGCUAUUGGAUAAUACCCUCACAGCCAUGGGAGCGCGGCUGCUUCGGGCCAGCAUUCUGCAGCCUCUGACCGACCUCUCCACACUAAAUGCAAGGCUUGAUGCCGUAGAGGAGUUUACCCAACACGAGGAGAUGUUUUCCCAAGCAAGACAGGCAUUGAAACCAUUUCUUGACAUGGACAGACUUCUCACUGCGCUUAUCACCAUGCCGGUCAAACCUAGUUUGAAACACUCUGAGCAGGCGAUCAACAAUAUCAUCAUACUGAAGCAAUCGCUAUCGUCCAUUGCGCCGGUCUACGAUAGCCUUGGCUCUGCCAGAAGCUGGCUGCUAGUUUCCAUUCGUAAUCUUUGUGAUUCAGACCAGAUCGAACCGGUCCAGAACCUGAUCAGCAGUAUUAUAAACGAAGAUGUGGUCUUUUCCAAGAGUCCAUUGGACCUUCGUAACCAGAGAUGCUAUGCGGUAAAGAGUGGUGUGAACGGAUUACUUGAUGUUGCUAGGCAGGUUUACAAGGAAGUCACCGAGGACAUGCACCAAUUGGUCGAAGACAUAUCUAAAGAGUAUGAUCUGCCUCUAGAGCUGAAAUUCGAGACUGGGAGAGGCUACUAUUUGCGCCUCCCCGCGUCCGAAAUUGAGGAUAAACCACUUCCCCCAGUCUUUGUGAACGUGGUAAAGAGAAAAAAAAUUGUGGAGUUUAGUGCGCUGGAGAUGCUAAAGUGCAACGCGAAGAUCAGUGAUUCUUUGGCGGAAGUAGUGCUUAUGAGCGACAACUCCGUUCAGAAAUUGGUCGAGGACAUUAGAAAGGAGGUACCGGCACUUUACAGGGUGGCGGAGGGAAUUGCUGUUCUCGACAUGAUUCUGUCCUUUGCCCAACUCUGCACUAUUCAAGACUACGCUGGACGUCACCCCAUUCAUGAAAAGAUACACAAGGAUCAAUUUUUCCCCAAUGACGUGUAUGCAAGUCAACAAUCUAGGUAUGCUCUAGUUUCAUUUGCACGGCAGGUUUUGGCGGCGCUGACCGCUCAGUCGACCUAUCUUCGGUCAAUUGCUCUCACCGCGGUUAUUGCGCAAAUAGGGUCAUUUGUCCCGGCACAGUAUGCCUCAUUCCCUAUAACUCGGCGUCUCUUCGCUCGUGUCUCGAUGGACGACGGAAUUGAGGCUAAUGCUUCUACUUUUGCGUCGGAGAUGCGGGAGACCGCUUUCAUCCUUGGCAAUGUUGAGAGGGGAAGCCUGGUAAUCAUGGAUGAGCUUGGGCGCGGGACCAGCACACGAGACGGUUUGGCACUUGCAGUUGCUGUUUGCGAAGCAUUAAUCGAAAGCAGGGCCUUGGUGUGGUUCGCCACACAUUUUAAGGAUCUAGCGAGGAUACUUGCGAGAAGAGCGGGUGUAGUUAAUUUGCAUUUGAGAGUUCAGAUGGAAGACGAGAAUACCAUGACGAUGCUCUACAAGGUUACUGACGGGGCGGUUGAGGAUAAAAAUUAUGGUUUAACCUUGGCGAGACUAGUUGGGUUACCGCAGAGCGUGCUGGAUCGGGCCGCGGCCGUAUCGGAAGUACUCGUUGGAAGGCACGAGAAGAAUAUGCAAACAUUAAUCCGUGCCCGGGACGGAAACAUGGAAGAAGAUGCUCUCCAACCGUGGUUGAACAGGCUUCAGGAUGAAUUCGUCAACAGGAUGGCGGCUUGGGAUGCUGAGGAUAUGCAUGCACCUAUGGCUACUGCCGAAAACGGCGAAGGUUCGGAGAAGGCUGAUCCGGGGGGCAAACAAAUGAGGGACAUUAUAGAAAUUGAUAGUGACGAAGGUGAAAUCGAUAUUGACCAGACGGAUGAUUGUUACUAGCUAGUUUUUUUCUAUGCGUGAUGUGAUAUUACGCUGAUAGGCGAUUGUAGUUGGGCUGGCUUUUGAGUGAGGGACGCUUGGCUCAAGUCAUAAGACCAUUAGCUAUAAUAGGAUAAGAGAGCUAUUAUCAUA